AUGCCUCCGCCGCCUCCACCCCCCUCGCGGAGGCAUGAUGCGUCGGGCAAGGUCUCGGCCGCCUCCAAGGAAGAGAACGUCUACAUCCCAUCCUUCAUCAGCAAGCGGCCCUUCUACGCCGGCGAGGGUGACGACUCGUCGCAGGACUACCUCGAGCAUCAGCGCCUGUCACAAAAGGCCAAGGACGACCUCGCGCAGUCCAAAUGGUACGACCGCGGCAAGAAGCUGGGCCCCGCCGCCACCAAGUACCGCAAGGGCGCCUGCGAGAACUGCGGCGCCAUGACCCACAAGGCCAAGGACUGCCUGUCGCGGCCGCGGGCCAAGGGCGCCCGCUGGACCGGCAAGGACAUCCAGGCCGACGAGGUCAUCCAGGACGUGCAGAUGGGCUGGGACGCCAAGCGCGACCGCUGGAACGGCUACGACCCGCGCGAGUACAAGCACGUCAUGGAGCGCUACAACCAGAUGGAGGAGCUGCGCAGCCAGCUGCAGGCGGGCGACCAGGACAAGGACGGCGAGGGCGAGGACGGCGCGGGCAAGGACGACGGCGAGCGGUAUGCCGAGGAGAUCGACAUGGGCAAGCAUCAAAGCACGGCGACGAGGCAACUCAGGAUACGAGAGGACACAGCCAAGUACCUCCUCAACCUGGACCUCGAGUCGGCCAAAUACGAUCCCAAGACCCGAACGAUGGUGGACGCCGGCGCGACGGCAGACAAGGCCGCACAGCUCUACGCAGAGGAAGGGUUCCUGAGGGGCUCGGGAGACGCCGCCGAGUUCGAGAAGGCCACGAAAUAUGCAUGGGAGGCACAGGAGAAGACGGGCGAUACGCGGCAGCAUCUACAGGCCAACCCGACGGCCGGAGAGUUCUACCGCAAGAAGGAGCAGGAGGAGAGCGAGAAGAAGCGGGCAGAGCGUCUGAAGGCCCUGCAGGACAAGUACGGCGGCGGCGAGCAUGCGCUGCCCGCCGGCCUGAGGGACAUGGCUGUCACGGAAUCCGAGUCCUUCGUCGAGUACGACGAGGCCGGGCUGAUCAAGGGGGCUCCGCGGGCCGUGGCCAAGUCGAAAUACGCCGAAGACGUCUUCAUCAACAACCAUACCUCGGUCUGGGGCAGUUGGUGGUCCAACUUCAAGUGGGGAUACGCGUGCUGUCAUUCUUCUAUCAAGAACAGCUACUGUACCGGUGAUGAAGGCAAACAAGCAUGGGAAGAGGCUGAGAAGCAGAGGACUGGCGCGAAUUUGAUAACAGAAGGAGCACAUGAGGAAGAGCCCAGACAAGUCCCUGUAGAAAACGCUGAGCCGCCGAAACCGGCCGCCAAAAAGCGGACGGCAGAGGAGAUGAUGGAGGAAGAGCUUGAAGAGUACAGGAGGAAACGGACAGCAGCAGACGAUCCCAUGGCCAAGUUCCUAGGGAAGGACGAUCUUGUUACGUAG